AUGGAAUACUCUCCAUCCAAAAGGCGUAAAACCUCACCCGGUACCGCUAUCCAAGUCACCGCGUCAAAUACGAACAAUGGCAUUGUUCGAAAUGGCUCCCGACACUCCGCACAACGAUCAUCGUACAUGUCACCAACGAAAGCAAGUCUUGCGCGUUUCAACCCAAGCUUAUUACAGCGAUCUGGCUCUGCCGAACCUCACAGAGCGGCGAGUCAGCAGAGAACUUCACGAAGAGCGAGGACUGAAGACCGCGCCCUCGAAAUCGCUCAGGAAGAUCUGAGCAAACCCCGAACCUCCGGCAAGUCACGGCCGGAGAACAAAACCAACGGCUCGCUUAAUCAUACAGAUGAACUUGUAGCCUUAAAUCUGAAUGCUACUCCUUCAAAGCUCCCUGGUACAAUAGGGGCGGACGGCACUAAACGCAUGCAAGAGCUCAGCAUAGCAAUGGAAACGCCUACAGCCAGGCACGGAAAGAAUGUUGAUCGAGCGAAAGAGUGGAAUGAUGACGAUGAACCAAGUCUACCAUCUACCCCUUCCCAGCUGGGUUUGGAAGCUCCUCUGGAAAAGCCAAGAGGAUUGCUUUUUCAUAGCCCAAGUCGAAGAAGUAGUCGCCGAGAUCGGGCUCAGAUCAAAUCUUCACCCUUGAAAGAGCACGCAUCUGCAGAACGCGUCCUUCUCUUGUUAGGACCACGUGUUCCAUUAAAAAAUGCCCCCAAGUACGCUGCAGAUAUGCCUCCCACAGAGACCGGAGAUCAUGGCCAAUCUCUAAACCUUCUUCGAACAAGAUUGAAGCUGUUGCAGGACGAGCUUACCAGCGGCACCUUUCUGUCUGGCUGUCUCACACCAGAUUCAACAGGGCGCAAGAAGCUGGCAAAGCAAAGAAGGGCUGUGGCACAGGAUGCCCGAGAGAUCAAGCGCCUACGAAAUCUGAGGAGUCGAGACGAUGAGGGACUUGAUGGAAUCGAGUCUCCCUUGAAUCACGUUUCAAGAUCCGGGACGGAAUCCAUCAACCGCCGGCUAAUUCAGUGCCUGCCUUUCUCACGCCCUCGUCUCCUCGCGGCUGGCGUGUCCCGUAAUAAUUCAACUAGGGAUGAGACACACGAAGAAGUCUCCCUGGCUAUCAAGAUUCUGUCUUCCGAAGUAAACCUCUCAGCCUCGUCUGACAUAAUCAUUGAGCAGCGUGUGGUAGUCUCAUCGCCGAACAAGCAGAAGAUUGCCGAAAUAGCGUUGUCAAUAGAGCCAAUCUCUCAAACGAUAGCACAGAUGCCAGACACGCAGCUAGUAUCCUGGGCGGAGAAGGAGCUGCUUCCCUGGUUUUCUAACGUGACAUCCGAAAAAACAUUGAUGAACACAAGCACUGCUAUAAUUAGUUACGUAAAAAUAGCAACAAUGAGAAAAGCUUGCUGGUCUCGGUGCAAAAUGGAUUUCGUCCAACUGCUUGGAGCAACUUCCAUAUCGGAACCUCAGGCCUCGGACUUCGGCUUACGAUCGAUCCAAUUCUCAGCAUCGUCAGUCAAACUAAAAGUAGACUGGCACGUCUCGGUCAACAGUGCGGGCGAGGCCGAAAGCGAUAUUGCUUUGAAACCAACAUUUCCUCCCUAUUGGCACCACUUGGACAUCCGACAUGACUUGGCUCACGUUGAAAAAGCCUUUGCAGAGCUCUUUCAAGCCAAAGGCAUUACUUAUGCGAUCAAUGAUCUUGUUGCCAUCCUCUUUCCACCUUAG